UUUUAGAUCCCUCUAACCUACCGCACGUGUUUGUGUUUAUAUUGCUGUGGUUUGUUCAAAAAGUCAUUUUUUUAAUUUUUCCAUAAUUGUCUUCUACAAAUAAUGUCUGACAAAUAUGCUGUACCCAAUAAAUUGCCUGGCAAGACCGUGUCGGUGUUGGCCCACCGCAAACGACGCAUUCUUCAGGAUAAGGCUACUUUGGAACAAAAGAAAAAGCUAAAAACUGAACGCGUAGCCAAAGCCAAGCAACAUCAUAAAUUCCGCAGGGCUGAAUCGUUUGUUAUGAAUUACAUUAAAGCAGAACGUACCGCCAAUCGCAUCAAACACACUUUGCGUAAAAGCAAUAUCUGCGACACAAAUGAUUCGACUAAAGUUAAUCAAAAACUUCUGUUGGUAAUGCGACAUGCGGGCAAGAAAAUAUUCGAUGAAACCACCAAUAAAAUCAUGAAAACAUUACACAUGACCAAUCGCCAUAAUGCUGUUUUCUUGGAGAACACUAAAGAAAAUCAAAUACUUUUGAAAGUUAUUGAACCAUUUGUGGUCUAUGGUUAUCCCAAUAUAGCAACAAUACGCGAAUUGAUAUUCAAAAAAGGUUUCGCCCGGAUAGAUGGCAAGAAGACACCAAUCCAAUCAAAUACCAUGAUUGAGGAGCAAUUGGGUGAUAAGGGCAUUAUAUGUCUGGAGGAUAUCAUACAUGAGAUAUUUACAGUGGGUCCUAACUUUGCGGAUGUUCAGAAUUUUCUGUGCUCAUUCCUGCUGUCCGGACCUCGCGAUGGAUGGAAGAACAAGGUGUCUGUUUCCUAUAAGCGUGGUGGAGAAUAUGGUGAUCGCGGAAAUGGUAUCAAUGAAUUGAUAUCACGAUGUAUAUAAAGAGAAAUGUUUUUUUUUCCAAUGGCUUUGAUUUUUUUAAUAUAAAUUUAGCUUUUAAGUAAACAGUAAAAUUUCAAA